GCUUCCCAGUAAAACUUCAUACUUCAAUAUGGAGAAGGAACAUGUUGGUUUUAUCCCAGUCUCUGAUUCAUCUUACACUCCCAAGCUUAGAAUACAAACUGACUACAUUGCCAAAAAUGUAUUAGUUAAACUAAAAAGGCGGAUUUCUUUGAGAAAUGGUGUCUCUCUUGUAGUUGGAGGCAUGAUUGGAUCAGGGAUUUUUGUUUCUCCAGGUGGAGUCCUAGAUCAAAAUGGCUCCUAUGGUUUAUCCCUGAUUACUUGGGCUGCUGGGGGUGUUCUUUCAAUUAUUGGAGGCCUCUGCUAUGCCGAAUUGGGUACAACCAUUACAAAAUCCGGUGGAAGCUAUGCAUACAUUUUGGAAGUAUUUGGAGGAUUAGUUGCUUUUCUUAAAUUGUGGGUGUCAAUACUUAUUAUUAAGCCCUCUGCACAAGCUGUUGUUGCCAUCACAUUUGGCAACUACCUGGUGCAGCCUAUCUUUGUAAACUGUCACACACCAUAUAUCGCACAACGAUUGAUUGGAGCUGCUUGCAUCAGCAUACUUACUUUUAUAAACUGUGCCAGCGUGAAAUGGGGAACCAGAGUCCAGGAUGUGUUCACAUUUGCCAAAGUUGUCGGCCUUAUCAUCAUUAUUGUUGCAGGGAUGGUUAAACUGGGCCAAGGUGAAACUGAUUUCAGUUCCGCAUUCAGUGGCUCGGUGUGGGAUGUUGACAGGAUCAUCAUGUCGCUGUAUUUUGUACUAUUCUCCUUCUCUGGUUGGGACACACUUAACUAUGUGACAGAGGAAGUUAAUGAUCCUGAAAGGAAUCUCCCCCUUGCCAUUAUUAUUUCAGUGCCACUGGUGACUAUCUUAUAUAUACUGACAAUUCUGAGUUAUUACAUAGUGUUAGAACCAAGUACCAUCCUUUCUAGUGAUGCUGUAGCAGUGACAUUUGCAGAAGAUACUCUAGGAAUAAUGAAGUGGAUUAUCUCAAUAGCAGUGGCUCUCUCUUGUUAUAGCAGCCUAAAUGCAUCAAUUAUAUUAGCCUCAAGGUUGUACUUUGUUGCAGCCCGUGAAGGACAUCUCCCUCAAAUACUGUCAAUGAUCCACGUGACACGAUUCACACCAGUCCCAGCACUACUUAUAAAUGGCUUAUUAGCAAUUAUCUACCUUAGUGUGGAGGAUAUCUAUAGACUCAUUUACUACUUCAGCUUCAGUUAUUGGUUCUUUAUUGGACUGACCGUUAUUGGGCAAUUAUACCUGCGCUGGAAGGAGCCAAAUCGAUAUAGAGCUUUCAAGAUCCACAUGAUUUAUCCAACCUUCUUCUGCGUCUGCAUCGUGGGCUUGAUAGCAGUGCCUGCAUACACUGACACUAUUAAUUCCCUAAUUGGGAUUGGAAUUGGACUGACAGGAGUCCCAGUCUAUUUCGUAGGACAAAUGCUGUCAAAGCUGAGAUAUCCUGCUUUGCUACAGAGAAUUUCAGCUACACUCAUUAAGUGCGUCCAGUUGCUCUUUUUCUGUGUGCUGAUUGAGAAAGAUUACGAAGAGCAGGAAGACAAGACUAAUAACAAAGAGGGAUGA